CAACAGAUAAGUAGGUACUAGGAAAAUCCUCACUAUUCUGCGGAACCGAAUUGGAACAUCUGAGAGCCUACAGUAUAAGAUUCACAGAAGAGAGAAACUUGUCAUUCUGGUAUUCUUUUUUUUUUAAUCAAUUUAGAUUUAUUAUAUUUUAAAGUAAAGAUGCUAAACAGAGUCCACAUUUAAAGUAUUUAUAUUUCCUUUAAAUAGAAAUCAUUCACGCAUCAGAAAUGUUUCUGACAAUGCUGCUUUUAUACACUGUAGGUUUGAUGUAUAUAUAAAUCCAUGGUGUAUUUUAUUAUUAAUUUGCUAUAUUUGUUUGCUUUGAUCACAGAUUUACUGUACGUUAUUAUAGUAUUUCAAGUCUUCCUGUCACAUUGCUUGGUCUAAUCUUUAUUGACAUAAACACACACAAAAGCAAUCUGAGUGUAAAAAUAAUCCUUUAUAUGCUUGUUUCAUCACAAAUCAAUCACAUCAAUCUUUCAUUGGUUAUUUUUCACUAUUAUUGAUUGACAUGCCAGUAUUUAAAUUGAUAAUCCAACGUGAUUACAGAAUUGUCCAUAAAUAUCUUGAAUCGUUUAUUUUUGUUAUUGUUUUAAACAGAAAGUAAAAACUUGUAUAUCCUUACAUAAACCUCACAUCUGCUUUAUAAAUUGUGUUGGGAAAUGCAUCAGACGUUGUUCGGUCAUUUUUAUGCGGACUGUUAUUUGAAAUAGCUUGUAGAAUACAUUUAGAUAAUAUCCACUGCAUAUGACCAUAUUGUGUUUUUAUGAAGCACAUUUCCUCUUCUUCAAAUAUUCAAAAUAGCAGAAAUUGAUAUGAGAUAUGAAUCACUAGUCACAUCUAUUUAAAUCACCUACUUUGUUAUUGAAGGUAUUUAUUGCUCAGAAAAGAGAUGUUUUGUCAUCAUCAUUGAAUUUACAUUUUCAACUCUUUAUAUAAACACAACAUGGGAAUCGGGAUCAUCAGAAGUAAAACAUACAAUGUCUACCUUUCACAAAUCUGAUGUGUUUUUGAAGUCACUACAACCCCACUGAAGCUAAAGUAAUGUGUAGUUUAUUAAACAAAUGGCUGAUGAGGCUGAAGUGGGAAAUAGUGUCUGAAAUGGGGGAGAGAGAUUUGGAAGAUUUUGAAGUAGGUAUAGAUGUAUCACAUUUGUAUAGCGGUGUGACAUCAGCAGUAUAGGCUACAGUGAACAGUGUUGUGGCAGAGGCUUCAGAAGAGGCUUGAUAAAUAGUCAAAUUUUGCGUCUGUCAGUGAGAGUGUGCGUCUGUCAGUGUGUGACAAGUAAUAGUGUGUGUGCAUGUCAUUGUUUGUCAGUGUAUAUGAGAGUGUGUGUCCGUCUAUGAGUUUAUGCGUCUGUCACUGAGUGUAUGCGUCUGUCAGUGAGUGUAUGCAUCUGUCGGUGAGUGUGCGUCUGUCGGUGAGUGUGCUUCUGUCAGUGAGUGUGCAUCUGUCAGUCAAAGUGCGGCCUUGACAGGAAGGGGUGGGGAAAAUUUAAAUUGGGGGGGGGGGCCUGAGCACCGUCCUGCCUAGGGCAGCACAAAUCCUAAAUACACCACUGGAUACAAGUAACCACUGCACGUGUUUUACCUACAUUGUGGCAACUGAAAAGUAUAUUGUAAGAGUGAGUGAUUUUAUAUGUGUUUUCUUUUAUUUGCUAGGAGGAAUAUGAAGCUGUUUAUUUUACUAUUAACAUCUCUGCUAUGGCUAAAUUACAUUCAAACAGCACCUACAUCAGAAGAACACAAUAGGAUUGACAGCAAAAAAUUAAAAGGUACUUUGUCAAAAAGUCCCACAGGGAUGAACGUAUUGGCAUAUCAUACUUGUAUAUGUUACGCAUUAUGUGUCAAUUUAUUAUGUCAAACGUUUCUACAACAUAAUCGUUGUGCCUGUUUUUUGCCUAAUGCGAUUAAAAUAGAAUAUAAAUUAAUCCAGUGCUUGGGAGAAUAGAAUUUGCAGUGAUAAAUUAUCAGAAGGGCUUAUUAACUGUAGGAAACACAAUUGUCACCUAGCAGCAGCUAGUGAGAAUGGUGGAACUCCUGGAGAUUACCAGCUUGUCUGAGAUUCAGCAAAGUAUGUAGAUCAUUUUGUCCCAAGAGCACCACAAUCUUAUCAGAAUUUUCAAAAACACUUUUUUAAGGUUUAAAGAGUUCCAUUCCUGAACAGAAAAUGUUGCAGGAGAGGAGUUAGACAGCACUGUCUGGCAGGAAUUCAACAGAUCGCUGCACCUAACCAAACACAAACUGUGCGAGAGACAGGAAAAUCUUUUCUUCAGAAGGUCUAGAGAAGGGAAGCCUGAUCAACAACGUGUAAUAUAGCAACACGUCCUAAAAUAUUGACUUAAUGUUUAAAUAAUCCUUAAAGCAGACUUUAUGUGCCCUCAGGAGGCUGAAUAGCCAGGCAGCGUUAGGCAACCAUUGGCACUCCAGAUGUUGUGGACUACAUCUCCCAUAAUGUUCUUGCAGCCAUAAUGGUGGCAAAGCAUUAGGGGAAAUAUAGUCCACAUUGUCUGGAGUACCGAAGGUUGCCUACCCGUGUUCUAAGGUUAGAAGUUUUAAGUUAGUCACUGCGUAACUAUCAAUAGAACCCCUGAGACUAAGAAACAUAGAGGCCAUUUUAAAGAAUCACCCUAUGGAGCGAGCACCGUUACUUCAUUAUGUUGCAUGCGAGCUGUUAAAGAUAUCUGACAGUGGUUGCAUUAAUCAAUACGUCUAAACGCCACUGAUACCUUAAAGGACUGGAAGCUUUCCUUCUUUAGGAUUGACGCAAUAUCCCAUCAGAUGCAUAUAACCUAAGUAUGUUUGAAGCUGUUCAGAAAGCAAAGGGUAGCUUCGAUAGUUACUAGGUCCUUGAUUUAUUUUACAUGCUUUUGGUUAUCCAGUGCUGCACAUUUUUGUCUUAGGAAAAAUCCAGGAUAGUGUUUGCAACUGCUUCGUUACAAUGUCUAGGCUCAGUUACAUAAAGGAAAUAGUGUGCUUUAUUGAUUAUUGCAUGCCUUUUAUGUUCAGUGCUAUCUAAGAUCGGUGAGGAAUAUGUGGAACAUGAGAUAAAGAUUGCUUUACAAGGAAUUAGGCAAAUGAAAAAAGUAAUGGAAGCAAAUGAAGUAAAGCAUGAAAAUAUAUUAAAAUCACUGAGGAAAACCGCAGAAGAAAAAGAGGUAACAUUAAAUGUUCAUAGCGGUCGUAUAUUCUUUGAAUUAGUUUAUAACGUCUGUUAGCAUAUGAUUUGCAUAUGCUGUGUAUACUGUGCUAAAUAAACUGCCAUAAAAUGAACAUCUACCUAUCUAUCUAUCUAUCUAUCUACCUAUCUAUCUAUCUAUCUAUCUAUCUAUCUAUCUAUCUAUCUAUCUAUCUGUCGUGUGUGUGUGUGUAUAUAUAUGUUUGUUUGUGUGUGUGUGUGUGUGAAUAUACAGAAACUAACACCUCUUCACAAUCGUCACUCUAUCAUACUAUAUCACACUGUCUAUCUCUGUAUCACUCUAUGAUUUUGCUUUCUCUCUACUCCUACUACAACAAACUUUAAGAAGGAAAAUUUCCAAUCUUUACAUAGAAUAGACAAGUUAGGAUGUGUCAUUGUGUCUAGCAUGGCAUUGGCUUUAAAGGGACACUAUAGUCACCAAAACAACUUUAGUUUAAUGAAGCAAUUUUGGUGUAUAGAUCAUGACCCUGCAGUCUCACUGCUCAAUUCUCAGCCAGGGUUUGUGACUAAGUGGCUACUAAAAAGACUGGACAUACCCCUUUUUAAAUACCCUGCUUUGUCUACUUUUGCAAAUGGUAUGCCAUGAUCAGGGUAAUUUUCAUUCCUGGGAUGCUAUGCGGUCUUAAAGGCAACAUAGGCUCAACAAACCAAUCUGGCAAAUUUCAAUGUGUAAAAACUGAAAUGAGAAAGCCCUAUAUUUGACUCUGUAACUUUACCAAUACAUCAUGAAACCUGUACAAGGGAUGUCACAGACUGACCUGCACGAGGCUCCGGUGCUGCUCCACUGCUCGAGCCGAGCGGCCGCACUGCUCCUGUUCUCAGGCCUCCAUGCUUCUGUUUUUCCCUGUAAAUAGUAUAUACUCUGCCCGCUAUAUUGGCUCAUCUUUUUUUUACUUCACACCCACCCCUAAAGUGACCAUGUCAUCUAGACGACCCCAUAUUCUAUCAAUUUGAAAUCACAGAGAUGACGUGGACCAAUCAGAAAGUGUGUUAGCCUAUAUAAUGUUAAACUGGGCUCUUGUUCAUUGCUCUAUUCGUGGUUUCUACCCUCAUACAUGUUAGUGCUCAUAGUAAAUCCCUCUUGUUAUAUCUUGAUAUUGACUUUGGCAUGUAUUUGACGUUGUGUAAUUCUGGCAUCCGGACCCGUCUUGUUUCUGACCUUGAGUAUUUCUGGUAUCCUGACUGGGCUUGUUUCUGACCUUGAGUAUUUCUGAUAUAUUUUGACCUGGCUUGUUAUUACAUUUAUCCGUAUUUCUUUGUCCCUGACCUUGGCUACUCCUGACUCUGUCUAUUUAUCUUUACGUUAAGUUUGGCCACUCUAAGGCACAGUAAUAAGCAUAUAUAGAACCUCUGUUUGUGGGAUUCGCCAUUCCUGUAAGUUGGGGUACAACCCCCAUGAUGGUGGGAAAUCACAGCACACAAAUAUGCAUGUUUUUAUUGCAGUAAAAGCUAACAGUAUUAUGACAUUCACAGUUAAAUACCAUUCAGAACUUGGAAAAUAACAUUUCUUAAUUUCUCACACUUUUUUAGAUUUUAUUCAUAUUAAAUUGUGCUCCAUAUAUAAAUAUUUUAUGUGAAAUGAAAGCCCUGUUUCUCCUGAACAAAAUGAUAUAUAAUAAGUAUGGGUGCACUUAAUAUGAAAGAUAACUUAUGGUUGAACAAAUUCCAGGUUUUGUUUUGGUUCAGAACUUGGACAAUUGCCUCCAUUCUGAAAGGUUUGAAUAUUUCAAAUAUGAAGCUAGGGUAAACUCAAUAUAGCAAAAAUUAAUAAAUAAACACAUAAUGUUUGCUUACAUUUAUGUUUUAUUGCAAAUUUACUAUAAACAAACUUGAGGGAGAUCACAUUUUGGGGGAGGGGACAUAAAAACAAAGAAUGAUGGUUUCUGGAAACCAGUUGAAAAUGAUGCCGCUAGUAGUUAACAUAAUCAGAAAAAGGCUCACUGAAGAGAGAGAAGUGAAAACAAGAACCAAAAAGAAAGAAGACCCUAAUCCAUAAUUUAAGGUGUAAGAGGGCCCUUGUAGACUAGUUGUCUUGAUUUUCCAAUAGAUUUAUGUAGUGUGGAGAUUUAUGUAGCAUUUAGGAAGUAUGAAAACAGACGUGCAUUACAGCUGGGAUGUUCUGAAAGGAUUUUGUAUAUAUUGUUAUGUUUGCUGAGGAGUCAUCAAAGAGUUUCAGGAGUUUCAGACUGAGCUAUAACAGGAUAAGAAAACAGUUGAAGCUGGGUUCUCCAUAGAUUGAAGUAUGUGGUGUUGAGAGAUGAAAAACAGAGAGUUGCCAUGUAGAUAAUUUACAGAUGCUGGUCGCAUGUCUAUUAGUGCUUACCCAAAAAUGGGGAAAGAGAAGAAUCUUUCUACGUACAUAUUAAAUAAAUCUAGAAAAUAAAAUUUAAGUAACAAAAUCAGAUUUUGCUACUCCUUAAUAUGUAGGUUGAAAUGGAGAAUGAAGGAGUAAUGGAGGGUAAAAUGAAAACAAAACAAGGAAGCAAAUGCAGUGAGAGCUAAAUAAUGCAAAAACAUGACAUGAACAUAAAAGGCUUUGUCUGAUGAUACGCAUAAUGUCCUUCAAACAAGAGUUACUUACUGUGAGUUUAACUAAACAUUAAAGGGAGCUGCAUAGCAUUAAGAUAAAGGCCGCUACAUGCAGUCUCCUUACUCCCUGUAAUUGACCCCUGAUCUCAGAUCUAGUAUAUAACGGAGUUGUCGAGAUAAACUGACUUUUCAUUGGUUGGUGUUGCUGGUCAUGGUCAUGGAGACCAUUUGGACUUUGGCAUGCAGUAAGGAAGACGUGCUUGUGGAUUAUUUACUCCUUCCUAGACAACCAAUUUUACUAUUACCUCCCCAUACACCAAUAUCACUGUAUAGGGGAAGGAGCAGAAAGAUGUCACUGCUGCAGCUUGUAUAUUAUAUAAGGUGAGGUAGAGGCAAAAAAUGCCUACAAAAUUCAAAAUAUAAACAAAGAAAAAAUAUACCUGUGCUGCAGAUACUCCACACUGAAAUCCCAACAGUGUAUAUACAACCAAAAAACAAACACGAGUCCUGCACAUCCAGUCUAGGUGUGCACACCCAGGUGCUACCACAAUUUAUUUGAGGACAAAGUUAAUGCAGCAAACGUUUCGAGCAGCAGCCCUUUCUCAAUGCUAAUGUCCUGAGGAUUAGCAUUGAGAAAGGGCUGCUGCUCCAAACAUUUAAUGCAUUAACUUUGUCCUCAAAUAAAUUGUGGUAGCACAUGGGUGUGCACACCUAUACUGAAUGUGCAGGACUGUGUUUGUUUUUUGGUUGUAUAUUAGAAGAUUGUAUUUUUAAAUUUUUUUAUUUAUAUUUCAAAUUUAAAUUUAUAUUUCAGGCUCUGUGUAAAAUAUAGCAAAGCGAGGUUAUUCAUCCUCCUCAUAUUUCUGUAAAAGAAACAUGAAUAAAUUAAAAAUUGAAAAGUGCAACUUUGCAUAGGUAUAGUUUUUGUGUUAAAUCUAUAUGCAAGAUUGCUGUUUUUCACUCAUAGAUAUAUGUUAACUGUGCACCUAAUGUUUAAGCCAUGCUAAACAUUUUUAAGGAAUCAUUGCUUGGUGGUAAAAGGUCACUUAUUCAAGCCUCAAAAAGGGUGUCUUGGGGGACACCAUUUAUAUCUAUUCACCGCCACCUGUUGUGCGUUGGAUUGGAUUGGAUUGAAUGGCGUGCUCCUCCAUGUGUUUUCCAUUGACCACCACACACUACAUAGUGGGGACUGCCGAAUAAGAGGGUACUCUACUCAAUUCCCUUCUGGUUUCAUAGAAGGAUUUUCCUGGUAGUUGCAAUAGGUCACAAGAAUAAUAGAAUAGCAACGUCAGUCAGUGCAUUACUACACAGAUGUUUUUGUCUUGGGUUUAAAUGUUUGAGCUUGCUUUAACGAAACUCAAUGCUGCGAAACAAAAUACUGUCUGGGUUUUUAUUAUUUUUUUCUUUGUUUCCAAUAACAUAAAGUUUUUUGAGGAGACGUUUACAGUUGUAUAUUUACCCUUAUGCCCACACAAUAAAGUACUGCAUACACGCACAGGUCUCUUCUAGGAUUUAAUCCAUCGAACAAGAAACUUGGCAAGAGAAUCUUUUAACACUCACGCCUGAACACUUCCUAUAAAAUUCUGUUGCACAUGAGUUGCAUGAAAUGUAUAGCACUCCCAUAAAACUUAUAGAAAAAAGAUUGACUGUUAUUUAAUGGAACACAAUAUCAGUGCAGAAGAGUCAGAGACUAUGAUGGUUUAUUACAAAUAAAAAUUGGUGUUCAGAGGUUAGUGCCUUUUUAUGCUGGUUCUUAAUUCCAUUACUCAUUUGCAUAUUGUAUGUUGUUUAUUUAUAGUGCAUUUACGCAAAUAGGUGGUAAGUCGAUCAUGACAUGUCACUUAAUGAAAAGUUAGUAAACCGUUUAGUUUCUGUCUCUUGAAACUUUUUGAGAUUGCAGGACUUAAAAGAACAACUACAGCUUAAUGUAGUUGUUUUAGUACGUAUAGUCCGUCCCUGCAGGCAUUUUCAUGUAAACACUGCCUUUUCAUACAAAAGGCAGUGUUUACAUUGCUCCCUAGGGACACCUCCAGUGGCAGUCACUCAGACGGUCAUUAGAGGUGCUUCCUGGGUCAGUACUGGGCUCACGGGAAGAAUACUUUGCACCCGGCUGAGGGGCAGAGUGGAGACUCCCUGGUCUGCCCUUAUCCUGCUGAUCUCCUGCUGAUCUCCCCACUGGCUUUGAAGGCACAAAGCAGUGCCGGAAGGGGAGAUCCAUUGAUCUACCUAUGGAUCUGUGAAGAGAUAUCAGAGGGGCUAGAGUUGCUCAGUGCUUUAUAAAUGUGAAUUAGUACCUUGAAAUGACUCCUAUAGCAUACAGGAAGACAAUGUAAGGCCUGGCAGAGGGGUGGGGUGUGAGAGAACCAACUAGAGAGGAAAAUCAGUCUGGCAGCAGUGUUGGGAAGAUCAAUCAGGAGAGUGUUACAAUAAUCCAUGCGUGAAAUUACUAGAGCAUGGACAAGCUCCUUGGUAGCUUCUUGUGUAAGAAAGGGGAGAAUGUAGGCUAUGUUUUUAAGAUGUAAUCUACAGGAUUUGGCAACAUAUUGGAUGUGAGGCUCAAAGGUGAGGCCAGAAUCAAGUAUGACGCCAGGACAGCGCGCUUGCAAGGAUGGACUGAUGUGGGUACCACAAACUUGAAGAGAGAGCGAAAGAGGAGGAUCACUAUUAGGAGGAUGAAAGACAGGGAGCUCAGUGUUAGAGAGAUUGAGUUUCAGAAAGCAGGGGGACAUCCAGUCAGAGAUGGAAGAAAGGCAAGCAGUUGCAGGACGGCAGGGGAGAGGUCCAGGGAGGAGAGAUAUAUCUGGGUGUCAUCAGCGUACAGGUGGUAGUGGAAUCCAAAAGAGGUAAUAAGUUUGCCAAGAGAGGCAGUAUAAAGAGAAAAUAAAUAACAGCAGCUGUAAGACUCUAUUGGAUACUCCUUAUAUCACACACAAAAAAAAUCUCAAAUAUAAAAACCAAAACUUAGUGUUUAGUUGAGGUGACCCACCAAAAACACAAAGUGCAAGUGCACUGCUAAAAAUUGUGCAGGAUAACACUUACCCGUUAGAGCAUGUACUGGGGCAGCAUGUAGACAUAUAAAAGGAAAUACAAAACAAAAAAUAGUGCAAUUCUGUGUGGUAAAUACAAAUUAAUAUUAAAAGUGAGUGAAUAAAAAUUCAAUUUUAGAAGGGCCUUUUAAAGAGAUAAAGGCUCCAAAAGUGCAGAUUUCUGUGCCCUUCAGGUGGCUGCAAAGCUUUUUAAUAAAACACUUCCAGAAGUUGAUGUAAAAUGGAAUACAAUAAAGGAGAGCCUAAUGAUGCAAUAUUGUUUGGUUUAAAAACACUUAAAACAAAUAUCCCCAGUGAAUUCCUGCUCACCUUAGUUAAGAGCCCAUGAAUGACUGGCUCCAAAUUUAUAGACUUUUUGUCAGAUAUAGGGUGACAAUGCCCUCUUAUGAACCCAGGGUGCAGUUUCCAGAAGGGAAUCACUAGUAAGCGUUGUUGAUUUCAGCAAAGAUUUAUUUACAAAUGAUGAAAAAGUAAUUAUUAUAUAUAUAAUUAUAGUAAUAACUAUAUCAAAUAAAUAAAAUCAAUAGUAAACACUGGGAUCCUCCCUCUGAGAUGCGUUUCAUCUGUCCAGCAGACUUUCUCAAUCACUCAGGGGUGAUAUCUCAAUCGCCAUUAGAUGUGCUUCCUGGGUCAGUACUGGGGCUCAAGGGAAGAAUACUUUGCACCUGGCUGAGGGGCAGAGUGGAGACUCCCUGGUCCGCCCUUAUCCACCGGCUGUGAAGACACAAAGCCUUUGAUCUCCCCUGUGGGCCUUGGCCCAUGGCCAUCGCAGUUCACUGGACAUUUUCUAGCCAGGCAUAUUGGAAAGAAAAAUAACAGGGAUAUUAUUUGACAAUACACCGUAUAGAAAACCGAUUUUGUAGGUGAUUGUUUUGCAAAUCACUUGGUAGUGAAGGAGUGACAAGCAAAAGUACUAUUCUAAAACCAUGCACCAUAAUAACCUGCUCAACUAGUGUAAGACCAACUCAGUACAUUACCACUUGAAAAUAAUAUUGUUAGUGUGUGAUGCGAAUAAUUAACAUCUACCAGUUCUAUGAUGCUCACACUGAGAACCUAAAGAAUAUAUGAGAAGAUAAAGAAUGUACAACCAGUGAUCUAAGCUAGAUUCUAUUUGGUCUAUGUUUAAAUGUCAGAGGUAAUAAAAUGUUUAUUCACUUGGUGAAAUGACUAUGUUCCUCUUUUGGACCACUUUCGAGUCUUUCAACAUGGUAUUCUUGGAACAAUCUUUGUUUAAAUAGGUAACAUAGCUGGCCUGGUCUCAACUUUCACAGUAUGAUUACGGUUCAGAUGCAAGCUUUUAAAUAAAAUAAGCACUGAAUGGAAGCAUUCCCACUGGGAGACAAAAAAGAAAAAUGCUACAUGAUCACCUUUACAUUUUAUGCUUCCCCUACAUAUGGACACAACAGGACAGCUUUAGCUUGAAUAAACAGAGGCUCCCCAUGGCCUCGAAUGAGUGGAUGUGACUUGAGGAAUUAAAGGUAUAAACAUGUUUCAUUUGAAAGUACUCAGUGCUUGUUUAUUAAACCACCAACAAUGACUUUUGAUCUAGUUGAAGCACAGCUGCACUUGGUACUGUCCUCAAUACAUUGUGUUGAAUGCUGCAGCUGGGUUAAUUUGGAACUUUCGCAGGAGCCUGUCCAACUUUGGAUCGCAGAAAUAGACGCAGAGUACUUUAAGUAAGUUAUUCUGGCACUUUUUACCUACCAUUGUCAUAUACAGUGCAGUUGAACAGAGUUGAGGGACUGCACAUGUAUUAUGUUGGAAUCCUCCCAAGGUGCCUCACAGACCGAGGUGACAUAACCUUAAUUCGAGAUGUAGCAGAGAGGUCUGGGCACUCAAGGUUAUGGCUUGAUAAAGACUCAUCUGAUUUGAAACGUUGCCAAUAAUGCCUGCUCUGGAUUUACCAUUAAGUGCACAGAUAUCUCACCCUGUUUCUUCUGUCACAUAUAGUGUGACCGUCUAAAGCGAAAGUACAUUUCCCUAAUAUCUGAGGUAUGGCAGAUGGACUGCACUGUAGGCAUCUAGAGAGGCUUUUUUUUUUUUUUGUCAGAAACCAACAGGGCACCACCCAAUUCUUGUACUAUAACUCCUUUAAAUUAUAUGACACGAUGCCAUUUAUUUCAAACCAUGACAAUUUUAUAACCAGCAUUUUGAAUUCUUAAUUGUAUCUGAACAGGAAGCAGAGACACUUUACGAGGAUGUAAAUCAGAGGCUGAAUCUUGCAGAAACACAGUGUAAAGAUCUGAUGAAAACCAGUUGGGAAACAUGCAAAGCUUGUCUUGAAAAAUCCUGCCUUAAAUUUUAUAUAAUCACUUGCUCUCAGGUGGGACUUCAAGCAUUUGCUACCAAGGUAAGUUAACACAGUUUUGUUAUGUCACUAAAAAGUGCGGGUUGUCAGUUGUUGUACAAAAGAAUCAGAAUAUUUUAUGACAAUCAUAAUUCAUAAAGCAAAAACAUGAGUUGUUUGCUUUGCACCUUUACUCAUGAAAACCGAAGACAGUUUCAAUAUUAAAACCAGUUCAUAGUAUAUACCUAAGAGAGGCACUUCAGAUGAUGUUGACUACAUCACCCAUAAAACUCUUACAGCCAUAAUGCUGGCAAAGCAUCAGGGGAGAUAUAGUCCACAACAUCAGUGCUGAAGGUUGCCUAACCCUGGAAUAUCCAAUUAACAUAAUAUGCAAUACUUACAUUAUUGUGUCAUCAUCAAGUCCUAUGUCAUAUUAUUCAUGAAGAUGUUGUGGUACCCCAGUGCUCACAGUCUUUCAUUAUCAUUCAUAACUGGAGAAUGUUGGACAGAUAAAGAAAUUAAUCUUAGAUAUUAUCUGAAUAGUUAUAGAAGGAGCAGGCUUUGGACACAUAGGACAGCCUUGUUUUUUUUUUCAAAAAACUGUUUGAGACAAAGUGAAGAGACAGCACACAAAGGCUGGUAGCAUCAGAACCACUACGAUUAGCUACAGUUGUUAUGGUGCUUGGAGGGCUCCUUUAACUUCAUAUUCCACACGUAAAUAACACCUUUGUUGUUUAUUCGAUUAACACAAUAAUAUCAAUCUAUCAGUGUUGUUCUCUAAACUCCAAAUUGUAGCGAAUUAAAAUCUGGAUCGUAAAACUGAGUUGGCGUAUUUUGCCUUGUGUAGUCUUAAUUUCAUCACUUGGAUUUAACAUUUUCACCAUUUUGAGUUUAGUGAAUAGCUUCAUAAGAGUUCAAAUAAUUUUAACAAGGAAAGAUAGAUCCCUAUAACUCUUAAAAACAUUUGCUGACAUUGGCCUCUUUCAUUAUAUUCUGUUUUAGACGGAAGGGAAUGCUCUUCUGUUAAAUUUGGACAUAAAGGCGAUACUAUUAUGUGAUAAAGGUUUACUAGUAACAGAUUAGUAACAGAUUAUUACUAUAUCUGUUUUCAUGCAGGUUCAGGAAAUCUUUAAAGAAUGGUCCCCAUUUACUGCUAUCUUACAAAAUGGUGAAGUGAAAGAGCUAAGUGAAAGCACAAAGAAGCAAGUCACCCAGCUGAAUCAAGCUGAUGUGUCAUUUAGCAAGAUGAUGUCUAAUGUCAGCAACUUGUUUAACCAAAGCAUACAGUUUUUUAAAAACCUACAUGAAGGAUUUGACAUAUCAUUCCAGAAUAUGUUUAUGGGAGAUGUGAAGAUUCCUGACGAUGAAGCGCCUAAUACUGGUCCGAAAAGUCCUGAGAUUAUGAGUCACUGGAAUAUUUCAGGUUGGGUCCAGUCUUUUUGUAAUUUUAGCCAAGCCGUUUUUGAAGGUGUGACUGAUGUGGUGCUCAAAAUAUAUCAGGACUUCACACGUGAAUCCAAGGGUCCUUUCACACAGUUAGAUGGUAAGUAGAGGAUACAGAUACCGAUGUAAUCAUGUCCAGAAAAAUAUGAAAUAAAAACUUGAUAUAUGUGUCUGUGGCACAAUAUAUAAUAUGGACUGGAUUCAAAUUACCUUUUCAGAAUUGAUGGUAAACAUCUUUAAGCCAUCUGUUGUAGCUACAAUGGCAAGACUACCUUGGUGCCAUUCGCUGGUAAGAGAGCAAGCAGCUUUGCAACCAUUUGCUUCUUAUCUGGGUCGUAUUAGGUGUCGAGCCUCCCUCAGUGCUGGCAGAAACUGCAUCUGGCUUCUGCAGAGCUGAAAAUGUCAAAUGACGAUGCAAUGAUACCUUUUUUAUUGGACUAACAUAAUAUUUAAGACAAGCUUUCGAGAGUUUCCCUUUCUACCUCAGGUCUGAAGCAAGGCUUAGCGCCUUGCUAUACUCGAGCUGUCUGCGAAUUAUUAUAUGUUUUUAUUAUUUCGCUUCCGACCUGAGGAAAAGAGGAAAAGUCUUGAAAGCUUGUCUUUUAAGUAUUACGUUAGUCCAAUAAAAAAAGGUAUAGUUACAUACUGCAAUACGCUGCUACUUUGUCUACUGGACUAAUAUGGCUAAUCACACACAACACACACACUCUCUCUCUCACUAAUAGUAGCUUACCAUUAAAAUCAUCAUAAAGUAAUUACAGUUUUUUAGUUGACCCACAAAUAUAUAUAUAUAUGCCGGUGGUUAAAAUAAUAAUUCACAGACAGGAGUAUAGCAAGGUGCCAAGUGCUCUUAAAUAUGGUUUAAUGUGUUGAAAACAAAUACAGAAGGGUGAUCAUGAGGGCAUCCUGGUGGCAUUGGUUUCUGGUUUAUAUGCCUGAAAAAAACAGAGCAGUAUGCUAGAUGAGAAUUAUUGUGUAUACAAACAGGAAUAUAUAAGGGUUAUUCACAUGUGAAUUUUUUGAAAAUACAAGUGAAUUCAAAGUGAAAUUACAAUGACCAAAAUAGCUACUACUUUAGUAAUCUACUUCGGGGCCUCAAUUUAAUAUAUUGAGAUAAACUUUUAUCUUUUGGAUAAACUUUUUUUCUGUCUAUUGUCAACAAACUAAUAAUGAAGCGCAAAAUCGUAUUGCCUGAGGUGGAUUUUCCUGUUUGUUACAGAGUCUGCAAGUCAUUAUGAUGAUCUGAUGUCUGACAAGAUGGUAUGUAAGGAGCUCCAGAAUUCUACAGGAUGUUUGCAAUUUCAGGAGAGAUGUCAGCUAUGUUAUGAUACAUUUACAAAAGGUACAGUUUAAUGUGCGGUUUAUGUAUUUUCCCCUAGUGUAUGUUACUCAUGGAGAGUAUACUUCUUCAUAUCUAAACCAAGACUGUGAAAUGUCCUCUAUAGUUCUAUCAUCUUGUAUUGUUUAAUUUCUCCAUUCUGCACCAUGUACCCCUCUCGUCAUCUUAAUAUUUAUCAGCCUUAAGGAUUAAGAUCCUUUGCUUGUUUCUUUUCCCCACCAGUGAAUUAUCUGAAUCAUGGACAAUUAGCGGUUCUUCCAAAUUACAUAAUUCUGAAUCAGUACAUGGAGGAAUCCCGAAGCGGACAAUGUAUUGAGAUUUGGAGUUUUGUCCGUGGUGCCAGAUAGAGACAUGAUUAAUGGGAAAAAAAGACAUUUUGGUAUAUCUGAAUGGUUUUUCCUGAAACGAUUGCAUGACCAAAAUUAGUCCAAACUGAAACAUCACGUGGUCGAAUCCUAAAUUGACCAAAACAAUUUUAUUUUUUGGGCGAAUCGAUUUAGCUAAACCAAAUUUUUUUGGCAGUGCACACGUCUACUGCUCGAUACUGUCUUAUGACCCUGUUAUUCAAAUUUCUCUAUCCUCUUUUCUAACUCUUUUUUCUCCCCUCUUUUCUUUGUUUUUUACUUCAUAGCUUUUAUCUUUCCUCCAGAUACACUUCAAAACUACUAUACAAUCUCAUCCAUUCUGCUUCCUCGAACUAUUCAUGUUUUCUCUAUAGUCCGUUAAGAAAUCCAUUCGUUUUAAUUAUGUUGGUCUUUGCUAAGUUAACAAUAGAGCAUUUACCAGAUUGACAAUGCUAUAUUAUUUCAAUUUAGAUUGUUCUGCUAUAAAUAUCCCCCACUUCAGCAUAUUGAAGAACAAACAAUAGGCUUCAUGGAUUAUGGGACUAUUGCAGAGUAGGUAAUGAUUUGCUAUACUAUGUACAUGUUAGUGACAGAGAUAUAAAAAUAUAUAUUGCUCUAAAUACUAACAUCACUGAUUCACGACCUGAGACAUAAUAGUGUUUUUCACCAGUUGUAAAAAGACAGUAAAUAAACAAGCACAACAAAAAAAGAAUAUGUUUUAUCAGGCAUGACAAAAUGUCAUGUUUCCAAAGUGAGAUAUGAAGCAUUUACUGCAAAGAUUUGUGUUAAUAAAAAUGUAAAUGGCAAUCAAAUAUAAGGAAAUAAUGUAGUUGUAUUCUUUGUCCAAGCUAAGUAUAUGCUUUAUAUAUCAACUUGGGAAUGUAGUAGCCUUGACAGAUGACAAUUUCAAAAUAUAUGUAUUUGACUAUUAGUAUAAGCAUGAUUUUUUUGGGGGGGGGGGAAGCCUUGGUGAACAUCUAAUAUUUGGUUGCUUUUUAUUUGAAAAUGUUACGUUGGACCAUUUUUAUGGACAUGGUAUUUUAUUUUUUAUUUUAUAUGUAUAAAACUCUUCCCAUAGAAGAAAAAUGUUUAAAACAAAUGACAAUAUAAUAUGUUUUUUCAUAUUCCCCUGUACAUUCCCCUGCUGUAACAUAGAACAGUUUCUUUAUCUACUAUUAUUCUAGAGUCCAUGAAUAAAACCACAAAAUUCCAUAAACCAGAGGAGACAUCUGGAAAAUGACAAAAAGUAAAAUAUAAUUAGGGUAGCAGAAAAGUAUUUAUUUUAAAAUCUCUUCUAACAAAAAAAAAACAUCACGCCACACUAUUGCAAGACGCUGUAACACAUAGAAGCUGCAUUUAUUUUUUUGCAAAACAGGAGCUUACUAAAUAUUGAAGACAUCUGUUCAUGUAUAAAUUUGAUACUAUGCUUGAAAUGCUAGAUUUAUUUAGUUUGGUUGAAAUGUGACUGCCUUUCAAUUUUUUUUUCUUCUUGCAUGCCACCCACACAACCAUGUGUGUGCUGUACAGAAAUUACAUACGUAACCAAGUAUUACCUAACAUACUAUAAGCAUCUCAUCAGAAGGCAUGUGAAGAAAUGUUUAGAGUUGAUACAAACACAGAGGGGGUGGAGGAAAAUAUACAAAAACAAAAUGCAAAAGAAUUUCAUCAGCUGAGGAAUGGAAAGAAUGAGAAUUCUAAUAUAGAAGCCAGAAGACCAAAGCGUCUUCAAAAUGUAACAAAAUCUUAAUGUGACAGUGAAAUCAAAAACAGUAAACGUCGGAAAAAAUUGGAGUAAUUAAAUGGUUACUCCAAUGUCCAUAACCACUUCUGCUUUUAGAAGUGGUCACGGAGCUAGCAAUCUAUAUGUGCAGCCUUUUCCACUGCCUAUACAGAGUAUUUUGCAUUGUUUUGCCAUGGUCUAGUUAUACCCCGGGUACAAGUAACUUAGGCAGCCCAGAACUCUGUUCCAGACUUUCUAAUGUGUGUCCUGUGGAAAAAUUCCAUCUGUCAUCAGCACGUGUCGCAAGCUAGCAGCGGAUGUGUUUUGCUUCGUCACUUGCAGACUGUGUUGUGAGCGCACCUGCCAGUAGAAUCCCUUUGGACUGUGUUUUUUUUUUUUUAACUUGUGCGCACACAGUCUAACAAUGUGCCUCAAUAGAAAUCUUUUACCUCACUCUUUAAUGCGUGCCCUGUCUCACUGAAUCCAUCCCUAAUUCAGCUUCCCUCCCUAGUUCUGCCUUUCUAUUUUAUAGUAUAUACUAUACUCUACUCCCCUUUAUCUUGUCCAACGCCCAGUCCACCAGCAAGAUUUUUUUAAGCUUUCAUAAUUAAAAUUCCUGAUGAUCAUCUCAUUAUUUUGAAUUAAAUGUCUGGAGGAGCAUGAAAUGUGGGAAGUCAAAAUAUUAUUAUAAAGCUAUGGAGUCAUAUCAUUUAUGGAAUCCCAAGAACAUAAACCUUGAUGCACACGUCUGAUCACUGCCUUCUAUCUCCUCAUCAUAAAAUUUAUUAAAUAAUCUAUGGAAAUCCACCCCAUUGGAUCCAUCUACAUCGUAUAUCAUAUGAUAAAUACUCCAUUAUCUCCUUGGGAUCACACAGGAUCCUGACCCCUCGGAGUUAAAAAACCUAAAUUAAUUAUUUAAUAAACUGGUAUCCCAAAUUUGUCUAGCAACCAGAUGUUGUGUGGACCAGGUUUUGAAGGCAGAUUCACCUCUAAUUAGGAAAAUUAGUUCUCUAUGCAAAAUAGGUUGUAGAUAUAGAACCUCUCACUCCUUUUGAAUUUUCUAGUCAGACAGAAACAGUCAGUAUUGGCGAUUAGGGCACUACGUUAGUUCUACACUUAAUUCAUGUCUGUGAUGGAGGAGGUACUGUUGAGUCUGUAGGACCACUUUGCCUCAAAAGGUCUUGGUGAGAACUCACACGAGCUUCACCAGGCUACUAUUGUGCUUAAGGGGGAUAUUUUAUGUUUAUUUGCUGGUAUAAUUUAUUGUUCACAACUAGAAUUUCUUAUGCUGCAUACUGUUUUGCUUUGUUUGCAACAUGUUGCAAAGGGUUACUCAAAGUUUUUGGUUUCCUUCCAAAGAAAUAAUAAUAAAUAAAAUAAAAAAGCAAACUUACCUGCGAUCCUGCGGCAAGGCUAAGUUCUCCCAGCAGCCCCAUAUUCCUCUGCUGACAUCAUGGCCCCCUUACUACAGGGGGAUGCAGGGCCGGCCUUAGGUGUUCAGGCGCCCUGUGCGAAACAAUCUUGUGGCGUCCCCCCCGCCCCCCUCACCUGUCUCUGUUUGGACCCCUUCAAACUAUUUUAGGAGCAUUCACAAUCUGUUGCCUCCACCCCCUUCUACAAAACCACUGCACCUCUUAACCAAAAUCCCUGGCCAGAUCUUCACCAAGCCCCUGGCCACCACUUCAUCAAACUCCUGGCCACCCCUUCCCCUUCAUCAAUGCCCUGGCCAUCCCUUCGUCAAACUCCUAGCCACCCCUUACCCUUCAUCAAUCCCCUCCCACCCCUUUAUCAAUUCCUGCCACCCCUUCAUCAGUCCCCUGCCCCUCUCAUCAAUUCCCUCCCACCCUUUACUCAGCCCUCUGCCCCUAUUCAUCAGCUGCCUGACCCCCUAAUCAAUCCCCUCCCACCCCUUUAACAGCCCUCUGCCCCAUUCAUCAGUCCCCUGACCCCCUCACCAAUCCCCUCCCCCUUUUAUCAGCCCCCUGACCCCCUCAUCAGUACCCUCCCACCCCUAUCACCCACCUGCCCCCCUUUAAUCAGUCCCAUGCCCCCUUUUCAACCCCCUGCUCCCCUUCAUCAGCCCCCUUAAUACAUCCCAUGCCAAAUAAUCCAACCCCUGGCCACCCCUUCAUCAGUCCCCUGCCCCCUCAUCAAUUCCCUCCCACCUAUUUAUCAGCCAUCUGCCCCCAUUUCAUCAGCCCCCUGAUCUCCUCAUCAAUCCCCUCCCACUCCUUUAUCAACCACCUGCCCCCUUUAAUCAGCCCCAUGCCCCCCUUUUCAGUUUCCUGCCACCCUUUAUCAGCCCCCUUAAUAAAUCCCCUGCCAAUUAAUGCAAUCCAUGCCACCCCUUCAUCAAUCCCCUGCCCCCCUUAAUUAAAUUCCUGCACCUCUUCAACAAAACCUAUUUAAUAAAAAAGAAAAAAAAAGUCACUCACAGUAAAGGCUGCUGCUCCCUGGACUGAGCUGUCUCCGCCGAUUGAAGAGCACCGGGUGCCACCUUCACUCACUGAAUUGGAUCCUUCCGCGGCUCCCUCUGAUGACAGAGCACGUCGACGUUACGCAAGUACGCGGCAUAACGCCCCCACGCUCCUCCUCCACCCUCCAUACAGAAGUGGAUUCCCGGCGGCGGCUCUCUGCUCAUAAUUUGCAAGUCAAGUGCAAAGCAGUAUUAUGCACUUGACUUGCACUUUAAAUACAGAACUCGGCCGGCCUGCGAGCUGUGUUGGCCGCCCGGCGCCCCUGUUGCCAUGGCGCCCUGUGCGGCCGCACAGCUCGCACACCCCUAAGGCCGGCCCUGGGGGGAUGGAUUUAGCGAGGAUGGGUUUGAGGGGUCUGAGGGGCAGACUUGGGCGGCACAUAAAGGGGGCCAUGCCACCAUUGGUUGUCUAUCACCAGCAAGCUAUACAUGCUGAUGGCAGAUGUCAAAUAUGCACAGAAUUGACAUUAUCCUGUCCAGAACCCUCUUUUCUUUUUUUCUGAGAAAUUACUAUUUCUUUUACACACCCCUAUUUCUCACUAGUCUUCAGUAUAAACGUACGUUAAAAAUAAAAGAAAAAAUGCUUUAAUGUCACAUAUGCUUUUUGCUUCUGCUGACUUUGUAAAUUAAAUAUAAACAUAACUGUAGUGGAAGAUGAUUGUAAUUUCCUUUUUAAAUAGUGAUACUCAUAAGAUAUGCUCCUUGGCACAUAGCAUUUUUUGUUAAAAGCAGAUGUUUUGUUUACACAUGUACAUCUUUAAUAAAAAUGCAUUAUAUAACCAUCUAUUAAUGAGAUUGUGUUUAGGUCCAUACAAAUAAUUUGGAAAAAUGAAAAGAAUGAGUCAUUUGUUUAAAGUUAAAAUAACGAACAUAAAUGUGGUUUUCAUUAAUUGCUAUGUAUGUUUUGUUUCUCAUAUUUGUAUCCUUCUUUGGUUAUGCCAACAAGACUGCCCUGAUGUAAUGGAACUUCUUGUAAAGUCUGAAGCAGCCUAUAAGCUGGUUAAUAUGUCUGAGCAGCAAUACGGAGAUCUCGUCCAGCUUGUCCAGCAGCAUACUGAAGACACGGUUGACACAGUGACCAGAAUGAAGGAAAGGUUUGGAUGGGUUGCAGAGCACACCAAUCUGACAUAUGGAUCUGAUCACAUCUUCAGUAUAGACAAGGUAAAUACAUUUACAAUUUACCACUUAUAUAGAUCAGGUAGAAAUCAGGUAUGUUUAUGUAUUUUUAAAAAGAUUAUUCAGGUGACAUUGAAUUUGCACUCACUUAUUGAAAUAAGUUACUUCUGAAUCUCAUUAUGUCAUAAAUUGAUAAAAAAAAAUUAUGGACCUACUCAAUAAAGUGUUACAAUGCAUGAAGGUUUCAUUCUGAGUACUUAGUAAAUUUACAAAGGAUCGUAGACUGGCUUUCUCAUCAGGCAAUCUAGGGACUAGACAUUGGGAGGUGGCAAAUGACCAUGGCUUGAUGACAGCUCUGUCCAGCUUCAGUUCUGUUGACAUCCAUAUGCUCAUUAACAGUUUAGGAUCAGUUCAGUUACUGAUAAAUUAUCAGAGCGAUCAAUUGUUAUCUUCAUCUGUUUAUUAGAUAUAGCUAAACUGCAGUAAAAACGAACCUAUUAUUAUUAUUUAUAAAGCUCCAACAAAAUCUGUAGCGCUGUACAAUUGGUGGACUAAAAGACACGUAAUUGUAACAAGACAAACUGAAUUCACAGGAACAGAGGGUAUUAAGGGCCCUGCUUAAACAGGCUUACAUUCUAAAUCUAUGAAAUUGCAUUAGAUAAUCUGAAAUUGAAUUUCCCAAAGGUAGGCCACUGUAACUAGGAAUGAUAAAUCCUGAUCUAUACUCCCAACAAUAUCUUGGCCUACAUUUUACAAUUUAGUUUUCAAUUCACACUGUUGUUUAGUUUACGAAACAAGAUUUGCAAACCUAUAUAUAUUUUUUAUAAUCUAGUUCUAGAAGAUAAAUUCUAUAAUGGACCUAUGUGGAAUGUGUUGUAUAGGUUUAUAAUAAGGAUGUAUGCUUAGAAGAUGAAAGAUUUUUUUUAAAAGUAGACAUAUACUUUUUAAACACACAGGUGUUAUUUUUAAGAUAAUUAGUGUUACUUGAUGACUUAAAAAUCCUGAUGGAGAAUUAGGCUUUAUCGUUUUUUUAUAUUUUUGUUUUUUAGGUGUCGUCCAGCCCAAGCAUUGAAUAUCCUGCUAUAAAUGAAACCUUUGUAGACGUGAAUGUCUUGUCAGCUCCCACUUUCACCAUCAAAGUCCCUGCUAGUAUAGAUGUUGAGAGUCCACAGUUCAUGCAGUACGUUGCAGAAAAAGCAUUAGAACGUUACAAAAAGAAUUUUUAGAAAAACACCACGCAUCUGGUAAGAUUUGUGUGUUUUACUGAUCCCACCACACAUCAUGAUAUAUACACAAUUCUCAUUUCCUAUAUUGGAAGAGAAGAGAUAUCCUCACGCUAUUUCAAUGAAUGUAAAAACCUUGUAGCAGUAAAUUCCAUUGUAUUGUAUUGUGUAUAUGGCAGUGAAUAUUGAGAUAAGCCCAAAUAUUUUCCUAUAACAUAUAUUAGAAAAUAAAUACAAACUUUACAGAACAAAGAGAAAAUAACUCCAUCUAAAAUCUAAGUAAGGCAUUAAACUAUUUAAACCAUAUAUUUAAACUAUAUGAUCACACCGACUCUACAUUCAGAAGUGUCAUAGUGGAUUCAUCAUCACAAAGGCUUUAGGUGUCAGGUCAGAGGUAAAUUGAAAAUGUCCAGUUUGAAUAAGAAAUUUUUUUUUUUACAUUUACAGCAAAGUGGCAAUCCACGUGGCCAAGCACAAAAGAUUUCUCAUAUAAUACCAUCAGAUAAUCUUCUCCUCAGUGUGACUAGGUAACGGGUUAAAUAAGAUAUUCAUAAUGUUCUGCUAUUUAACUUGCACAGUUUAAAUGAAUAUACACAAACAUAUAAAUCUAUUACUGUUUUCCGUGGGUAAUUUCCCAUAUUAUACAUUAUUAUUAUUUUACUAUUUAUAUAUCGCCAGCAAAUUUCGUAGCGCUGUACAAUGGGUGGACUAACAGACAUGGAAUUGUAACCAGACAAAUGGACGCACAGGAACAGUGGGGUUGAGGGCCCUGCUCAAUGAGCUUACAUGCUUGUCUGCUGCUUGUUUUUAAUAGCAUUAGUGAGAUAGAGAUUAAUAUGUAUUGAAAAUGACAAAUAAAGCUAACGAGAUGCAUUUUAGAA